AUGCCCUUCAAGUUCUUAGAUCUCUCUCAAAACAAACUCAUCGGUCCUUUGACAAACCUUCCUAAUAUUGGGAAAUUUGAUGUGUUUGGAUAUGGAUUUUACCCAGGAUUAUUUCUGCAAGAUAACCUUUUUAAUGGGUCGAUUCCAAGGUCACUGUGCCGAAGGACAGAUUUAUUCCUUCUGGAUCUUUCCAAAAAUAGGUUAACUGAAAAAAAAAUUCCCAAGUGUCUUGCGAAUCUGCAAAUGUUGCAGGGCAUGAAAUUUAGCUCAAAUAAGAAGUCUGGUGUCAUUCCAAAAUCCAUAGUUCUUUUUUCUUCAUCGUUGCUUGGGUUAAAACUGAAUGACAAUAUGUUUAGAGGUGAACUUCCUGGAGAAUGGGGGAAUUUAAAAGGCCUAAUGGUCUUAGAUUUUGGUGAUGAUAAAUUUUUUGGGAAUAUACCAGAAAGGAUCGGAGAAAAACUUCCAUAUUUGAUGGUUUUAAGGUUACGCGGAAAUAACUUCACCGGUGGAAUUCCUCGAUCUGUGUGCAAUGUUUCAGAACUUCAAAUUUUGGAUGUUGCAUUCAAAAACUUAACAGGAAUCAUCCCUUAUUGUCUAGGACGGUUGAGUGCCAUGGUAUACCGUAGCUUAGAUGGGAGUCUUACCUUUGUGGAUGCUGAGUAUGAGAAUGUGAAUCAAGUCGUGAAAGGUGUUGAUCGCGAAUAUACAACAGCAUGGCAAAUAAUGUUCAACAUGGAUCAUUCAAGCAAUAAUCUUGUCGGAGGGAUACCGGUCGAGCUAACUGCGCUUUCUAUGUUGAUGGGUCUCAAAUUGUCUAAUAAUCAUCUAAGUGGGCUCAUUCCCGAAAGCAUUGGAAACAUGACGAAGUUAGAAUCUUUGGACUUCUCAAAAAAUGAGUUGACUGGGAUAAUCCCUCCAAGCAUGGCCUCUUUAAACUUUUUGAGCCGCUUGAAUUUGUCACACAACAACUUGUUUGGAGAAAUUCCAACAGGAAAUCAAUUGCAGACCCUUGAUGAUCUGUCAAUAUAUAUUGGCAACAAAGAUCUAUGUGGAGCUCCAUUGCCAAAGAAUUACUCAAGCCAUGAAGACCCAACAACGCAUGAGAAGAAAGAUGAAACGCCUGAUGGGCCGACGAAGGUAUGUUUGUACCUAGAUAUAAUAUUUGGUUUUGCAAUAGGGUUUUCGGGUGUUAUUGGCGUUUUGUUGUUCAAGAAGCAGUGGAGACAGAAGCUUUUCAUGUUUUCUGAGGAAACCAUGAACAAGAUAUAUGUUGAUGUUGUGGUAAGAGUUGCCAAGAUUAAGAGAGGAAGAGAAGCCUUAUAG